CGCCGUCUUUUGCGCUUUUAAGUUGGCUCACAGUUAGCUUGACUGUGUAGCACGUAAGCGUACUUCCUUUAACAACAGUGAUAAAUGCUAAGGACGAUACUUUGGUGAAAAAUACGAGUACAAGACGUUUCUUUGGACUUUGACUUCUGGCCUGGUAGCGACCAAACUCGUGCAUGUAUAACAAGCGAUCUCUGUUGUUAAUUUCCACUGGUGAAGAACUUUCCCAUAUAUGCGAUUCUGUUUGGCAAUCACCACUAAGCUACGCAUUUGGGGUUAGUGUGUACGUACCAAACCAGCAAUGGAUGUACCCGCUAAUCUACGUGACGUCGAAUCACUGGGAGCAUGUCUUAAGUUGGCGGACUGGCGAGAUAAUAAGUUCCUUGGUUGUGGAGCGUAUGGCAGUGUUUAUCGUGUAGCGGUUAAGGAUCACCCGUGUGAUUUUGAAAAUGUUUUGGCACUAAAAAUUACCGCGCUUUCUUCUGUUAAACCCUUUGAUACCAGCAGAAACGGCACACGACAACGUGAAAAAUGGCUGACAUUACUGGCGUUCAACCAUAACCAUUUGGUCAGAUAUUAUAGAAUCGAUAUUGUGGAGGAAGGACGUUCGGCGUUAUACCGGCUGCGGUUUACAAUGGAAUACUGCAGCGGUGGUACGCUGCAUGAUUUUAUGGAAAAAGAUACAACAACAAAAACCAGCUUUUCUUUUUCGGCGAUCAUGUGCUAUGGAAUGCAGAUCGCGGAUGGUCUGCAGUAUUUGCACGAACGCCAGUAUAUCCACUGCGAUAUUAAACCACAAAACAUCUUUGUACAGCGGUACACGGGUGGUCAUCCCAGGUUGCUAAUUGGCGAUUUGGAUGACUACCUGCAGCUGCAAUACAUCCGUCCGGUCACGGACACCGACACGCAUGCAAGAGGAACACCGAGAUAUAUGUCACCAGAGAUGGCACGCAAGUUCAUCCGGCGAUCGUAUCAAGACCAAGAGAUCGAACUGGGACCGGCUGCUGAUAUCUGGAGUUUGGGGUGUGUAAUUCGGGACUUUGUUCAUCGGCAUUAUGGAAUUUCUAAUACACAGGAUGGCCUCAUUAGAAAUCCGUUUCAGUACGUAAAGAAACUUAUAGAAGGCGAUGAUGUGCCGGUUAUUGACAGAAGUAUUGGCUAUCGAGCGAUAGCAAAGCUGGUCAUGAAAUGCUUGUCGGAGGACAACAGCCGCCGACCAACGGCUAUCCAGUUGAAAAACGCCCUGCUGAAAAUCUGGAUAGGCGCGAUUCCUAAUGCCGAGUUGGCCGAACGGGCGGAUUUACUGCGCCACUGCGGUAACUGGGCCCAACCUGCCGUCGAGCCAUGCGACAUCAGUCCCGGCAAAAUUCUGUGCGUUCACCAAUUUUUCCAAUAUAACUCGGCAUUGGUUCGUGUGCGACUGCAGCUACUGGAUAUUACCUCGUGUACCGUCCGGAAAUUCCGUUUGCCGGCCCAUCCAUAUGGUCGGCGGUAUGUCCCCAACUCGUUCGUACUGGCAUCACGACGCAUUCUCUGUCAAGUACGGACGAAUUCAGAGCACGCGGUAUGUGGUCUGUUUGUCAUUUUGUCGUUUGAUAUGGACACUGGCACGUGGCACACAGUAACAACGGACUUCGAAGUCCACCAGUGGUACGUCACCCCUGUUGUAAUAAUGGACUGCAUUUAUUUCUGGGACGUAGGGGAUCUGAAAAAAGGGAAGAUCUCUGAUUUUAAGAUCAGCUUAGCGGCUCCACGUCGCCCAGGAUCAUCCUGGCUGCUACAGAGUGCAUCGAAACUAGCUGAGAGGAUUUGGAUGACAGCCACACACCCCGACACACGGGUGAUGUUGUGUCUCGAAAGGCUAUGGUACGACAACAGCCAUCGGGUGGAAAGCCUAAAUACUGUCACCGAAAUUUCGUUUAGCGAUGUUAUUUUACUGGAAUCAAGACGACACUGCGCAUCAGGCGUACUGGGUGAGCACGCCUACAUAAUGGGCGGAACCAGCAUGCCACUGAUGGACAACACUCCGAUUAACAUCACCCAGGAAUGGGAAGCAGCCAUGGACAGCUCGCACCGCUUCCGUCUCAUGCAGUCCUGCGUACGCCUGGACAUCGACCCUUUGGGUCGUGAUGUCCCGAAAUUCCAGUGCUGGCCUGUUUGUAGCCUGCCCAAAGCGCGCAUCGGUCAUGGAGCAUUCGCUCAGGAUGGGCGUCUGUAUGUCUUCGGUGGAUGCCGUUUGUCCAUAGACGGCGUCGAUCGUCUGCCGGAUUCUGUGGACAUAUACUCUCCCCAGUCUGAUUCAAAUCGAUCCGAUUCCUGGUCUACUGUGAGCAUUAAGAAUCUGGACAAGCGAAGCUUCGAGAACGGACCCUUUGUUAGUACUUCAUGUUUUGUAGUAAAAACCGAAGCAAAGACGGACGGGUUUGCUGCGUAUUAA